UUCCUUCUUCGCUUACUUCUUCAGUUUCUCUGUUGCUACUUUUAUUGUUUUCUUUCUGCGCUACCUGCUUGCUAGAGAUGAUAUCACCAAUGGCGAAUGGGGCUUCCUUCGCCUUCUCCUUCACUUUCACGUUCGUCUUCUUCUUUAUCUUGGUGGUGGUCGUCUGGAUGCCAUGUGCAGUAGUUGAGGGUCAGCCUGCAGAUGGAGAGUCAAGGAGACCGAGGCAGGAGAUGGUGCCUGCGCUGUUCGUCUUUGGUGAUUCUCUUAUUGACAACGGCAACAACAACAACCUGCCCUCACUUGCCAAGGCCAACUACUACCCCUAUGGGAUUGAUUUCAGAGGCGGUCCUACUGGAAGAUUCUCUAAUGGCUACACUAUGGUCGAUGAGAUUGCUGAGCUCUUGGGCCUUCCCCUGGUUCCGCCCUUCUCGGAAGCUUCCGGCAGCGACGUGCUUCACGGCGUCAACUAUGCUUCCGCCGCCGCCGGAAUCCUCGACAUCACCGGACGUAACUUUAUGGGUCGAAUUCCAUUCAAUCAACAGAUCGAGAACUUCCAAGGCACUCUGGAUUCUAUCACCACUCAAUUGGGCGGCGUUGAUCGGCUCUCUCAGUCGAUCGGACGGUCCAUAUUCUUCGUGGGGAUGGGCAGCAACGACUACCUCAACAACUACUUGAUGCCUAACUAUGUGACGAGGAACCAAUACACCGGCCAACAGUUCGCCUCGCUUCUUGUCGAUGAGUAUGCUCGUCAGCUAACGACAUUGUACAACUUGGGGGCAAGGAAGUUUGUGCUGGCGGGGGUGGGGAUACUGGGGUGCAUCCCGAGCAUACUGGCGCAGAGCCUGAACAGCAGCUGCGACCUGGACGUGAACAAGCUGGUCUUCCCCUUCAACGCAAACGCCCGCUCCAUGGUCGACGGCCUCAACGCCAACCUCCCCGGCGCCCGCUUCGUCUUCCUCGACGUCUACUCCAUGUUCAACCACGUCCUCUCCAACCCUACCUCCUACGGGUUCAGCGUGGUGGAUCGUGGGUGCUGCGGGGUGGGGAGGAACGCGGGGCAGCUGACGUGCCUCCCGUUCCAGACACCCUGCACGGAGAGGGAGUCCUACGUGUUCUGGGACGCCUUCCACCCCACGGAACGCAUCAACGUUCUGCUCGCCCGGAUGUCCUUCACCGGUCCCGCCUCCAUCGCCUACCCCAUCAACAUCCAACAGCUUGCCUUCCUUUGAUCAACUGCACAACAGUCCCCAAAUGCCAAUACCCCAUCUUGUUCCAGAACGACUCUCUCUUCUUCUAACAUGUAUGUCUCAGACAUCCUCGUGUUAGAAUGACCAAUGGCAUGCAUGAUUCUCUCUCUCUCUAUA